CUUAAUGUAAACAUAAAGUUGCAUGUUAGCUGAGAACUGAAUAAAGGUGUUAGGUCUGUAAAUAAAAUAUCCGGCUACUAGUCCACAAGCAGACAUCAAAUCCUUGAUUGCUAACAUCCGUACAGAAUAUGGAACAAGAAAAUGGCGCAAGUUCGAGUGAAGAUAUCCAGGAAAAAGUGGAAAAGAGAAAAGCGUACAUUAAAGUGGUUUUCCUGAAGGUGGGAGAAAUAGAUACACUGAAGGAGUUUUUUGUUGCGGAUGUGUUUGUACAGAUAAGAUGGAGAGAGCCCAGCCUGGACAAGCCAGCAACGGAGGGUCAACGAAUGAAGCAGGUGCUCACCGGAGCCCUGAAAAGUCUUACGCAAAACUACAUAGAAAUAUCAAAAACAAAGAGCAAGAAAUUCCAGUAUGAAAACUACUGGGACCCAAAGAUAGUGUUCCAAAAUGUUCUGAGUGAAAGCAAACAUUCCGAAUGGAAAGUAAUGCGGCACUAUGACGAAGGCGAGGCGUACAUUGUACAAAAACACAGGCUGAAAGCAACCUUUUCCGAAAAUCUGGAACUAGCAUUAUUCCCUUUCGACAUUCAGGACUUGACCUUGAUCAUCAGCACAGAACUAUCGGAAGCGGAAGUUGAGCUGGAGGAGGAUCUUGAAGAGAUGUCCAGUGUACAAAUUGACAGUUUUGCAAAAGAACAAGAGUGGACUCUCCACGAAUGCGUUUCUUUUACACCAAAAGUUACAACCAAAGCUUAUACGAAUCCAAAAUUCAAAAACCCAACCGUCGUUGCCGGGUGUUUUGCAGGAAGGCGGGCCGGAUUCUUCAUCUGGAAUGUGAUGCUUAUCAUGACAUUGAUUAGUUCCCUGUCAUUGGCGACUUUUGCUGUGGACAGGGGCUUGCCACAAAACCGUCUCCAGCUGUCCUUUACAUUGGUUCUAACUGGCGUGGCGUUCAAGUUUGUCGCCAACCAAUCCAUACCCAAGAUAUCUUACUUAACUCAUCUGGAUAGGUACAUCCUGGGUAGCAUGAUUUUUCUGUACCUUGUCUGUAUCUGGCACGGUGUGGUGACCUUGAUAGAGGGCGCGGCGGCAGGGGCAGAGGCAGACCGUGAUGCCUUCAUUGUGUUCGCUUCCAGCUUUGCUUGUCUUCAAGUUAUGUUCAUUAUCAGCGUUGUCAUCAGCGGUUACCAAAGAUACUCAAAUGUUAAGAAAAUUGAAAGAAAAUAUCAGGAAAAAAUCGGCAAACGGUUGGCUUUGGAAAAAGAAUCUACUAAAAAGAAAACAAGGGUCAGUUCCAUGGACGUGUAGGGGAUGUCUAACAAAGAUCUCCUUAGACAAUUCCUAAUUAAUUGUCUUCUCAUUUUAUUUAAAUUAGCGUUUAAUUAACACUAUUAUUGAGCGAGUGAGAUGAUAGCUACAUGUAUUGAGUGGUAGCAUACUAGUUAUAAGUUAUCAGUAAACACUGCAAAAACAUCAGAAAAACUUAUCGAGUUAAUGCAGAAUAGCAAUUAAGGUUUAUUUCAAACUUUCGAGGUAGUGAUAGAACUGCGUUCAUUAAAUUUAUGCAUAACUAAGACUCUCCAUACGCUGUUUCAUAUAUUAGGCACUUGAAGUAUGGAGCUUUAGUUUUAACCAAAUUAACAUUUAGAUUAAGCUGAUAUUAAGUGUGUUUUGAAAAGAGUAUUAUGUGCCAUUAUAACUUAAAACUUUGAUAACGUUUUCUGGUAAAAUAUAUUUAACAGGCAAAUGUUAGAAUUCGAGUAGUUAAAACUAGUUAUAUUAACCAUAAUUUAUACAAGUUUUACACUGUAGCUGAGAUGCAACGGACGUUUUGCAAACGUUAAAAAGUUGCCCUGUUAUUCAACAGUUAAUUUUUAACCAAGCAUACAAUAUACAGAUUUACAGGAAAUAUUUCUCACGACUAUUUGUAAUUAAAAAAAGCAAAUUAUGUAGCAAGUGUUUCUAUACGAGGAACAACGCGUUCUUCAUUAAUUUGAUUUCUUGCACCUAUAACCCUCCAAUACACCAUAAGCCGAUACAGAAUAUUCUGUAAUGCUGAAUAAUCCGAGGGACAAUCAAGGCCUCGCAUUGAGUACCGUGUUAGAUAUAUGUCAAAGCAUACAAAGAAGUGAUAUCUUAUAUACAAAAAAUUGUAUUCAAUUUGUUGUAGAUAGUAUACAUGUAACCAAAACUUUGUACAACAAUAAAUGUGCUGCUUUAGGCAAAUUAGUACUAUUUCCUGACAUCGUUAAAUGUAAUUAUGUGAAAAAACUGAUAAUUGGCAAGUGAACUCUUAGACAAGCUAUACCAUGAGCUUAAGUACACACAAAAAACCUAGUGGUAGUUAAAAGAAAACUGCAUAAUUCGUUGAAAAUAAGGUUUUUUCAAAAGUAUGCACAGUAAGUAUUACCUGUUAUGUGUGAUCAAGAUUGUUUUUAUUUUAUAAACUGUUGGUAAAACAAGGAACCCGUUCCAAUUUUAGACAAACCAAUGUAUAA